GUAAUCCUCUGCUUAUAAACGGGCGCAGCAGAGCGGUGCUGCCUCAGUGUGAAGGAUGGGAGAUCAAACGGCUCCAUCGUCCUCCGCUCUGAUGACAUAUGGAGCAUCCUUCGGUCUGAGCAGCAGCACCCAGCAGGAUGACCGCUCCCCUCGCCCUCUGCUGCCUCCUCCUCCUCCUCCUCUCUGCUCUCUCUCUCACUCUCACACAAGGUAAGAGGACAGAAACACACCAACAGAGCAGCACCUCCAGGAGACUGUCAGAAAGAGGGAAAUACGAGAGCUGUGGGAAAAGUUUAAAGCGACUUUAAGAAGCAAAGUGGAAUAUUUACUACAGUGACACAGUGCCCUUGUGUUUUGAUGCUGUUUGUUUUUGUUGUAUUGUUGACAUCUGCCUGAUGGUAAUCUGCUUAUUUAGGAGGUACUUUUUCAGCCUCCCAUUGUCUCUAAUACGCAAAGAGCCUACUUUGCAUUGCAUCUUGAUCAAUUUUAAAGCCUAAACCUUCAAAAUCCCUGUGUUGAAGAGCUUUUUUUUUUCUUUCGCUAAACCCCUGAAUCAAGUUAAACCUGAACAAGUUAAAAUGCUGUUUAGUUGUCACUGCCAGAUUUUCCUCCUGUUCAGUAAGACAUAGUGUAUUUUUUACUCAAAUAUGUGCAUGAAGAAAGAUUGAUUCAUCUUAAAAUGUCAUCCUUCAUAAGCUAUGUUAUCAUAAAAUAUUGUUGUACGGUUUGGAGCCACAGCUGUGAUCUCUCCAAUCCUCAGAGCAGGUGAUGAACUCUGAGCAUAGGUAAAUCCAACACGUUGCUUUGCCUGUUUUCAAUGAUAGAGACGUUUGUGUGCUUGUGUAAUGCUUGUUUUUGAAAGGUCAUCCCAAGUAUUUUUGGACAUUUCUUCCCUUUCAGUGCACGUCUCUUGUGGAUUGCUUUGACCUUUAAAGAAGUUAACCUCUUGAGCAUGAUAGAUAGAGAUUUACAAUCAGUGUUCACAGUAAAUAUAAUGAAAAUUUACUAAUUCCUCACAGCUCUGACAAAGAGAGUUCAAUUCUGCUGUUAGUAGAUCCAUGUCAGAGGUGCUCACAUGUAUCUACAAUGCAUUUCUUUGGCUUUUUGUCGGACCCAAAUAAACACAGCUGGAAACCAAACAUAGGCAGCAAGAACUGUACAAGGUCCACCCCUGCAACAUCCUCCACACUCAUGAUUUGGACUGGCUCUAAUUUCACAUAGUUCUCUGAAAACAAGAAGAGACAAGCUAGAAAUCUGAAACAGCCUUGUGUCCUUCUUUGCCUCCACCCACGACAGAAGACAGAGCAUAAGCUGCAAAAACCAGGAAAUUUGUGUCUGUAAGGGUAAAAAAAAAAAAACUGCAAAAGUUAAUGUACCAAUAUUUAUCCAUAUGCAACAAAGCUGCAUUGACCCAACCAUCAGCCUUUUUGCUCCCUUUAAAUACAUCUGAAAUAAGUGCCUCAUACUGUGUAUUAAAGGUUUAAUAAAUAAUCCCUUUAGGGUCAGUGCUGUUUUAUAAGACAAACUGUUGCAUUUACAGUAUCAGCUUUAAUAUAAAAAGUGUAAUGACUUAUUGUAUAACUUCACUUACUUUGUCAGACUGGUAGUGUUGACGGUAUAAUUCAGCAUGGAGUUAUUUUCUAUACUGUCCAGAUCCAAUCCAAUCUCUGAAAUGAAGUCAACCUGUAAUGAUUCAUUUAUUAAUUUCAGUGAAACAGUAUUUUUGUUAGCUGAACAUGAUAGAUAGACACUCCCAUCUUUGUUUUGGUCUGUUAACUUAUCAGAGGCUGUUUCUGUGAUGAGCUGAGAAGUCAAGGUCCAGUUAGAAGUGAUGGCAGCCUGAAACAGAUCUCAGUCUUGCUCUAAGUAUAGAAAUACAAUGAUAGAACUGUCAGCAUGUUCUAUUAUCAAUACGCUCUGUGCUCUCAGUACCUGUACCUGGGUGAUGCCCUGACACAUGAUCUUUCAUUCAUUUAAUUUCACUUUGAGGGAGUUUCCAGGGAGUUUACUUCUGCCUGCUCAACCUUAAGUGUCUAAUUCUGCCCUCCUGCUACAAAUCAAACUGCCAGCUUAGAUUACACUAAGCCUAAAUAAUGUUUGACUGGUCUGUUCAGUUAUGUAAUAAUCAUAAUUUGAUGCCAUUGAUUGGGAAAUUAGUAAAGGCUUAUGCUUGACUCUGUUCAGAGGUGGACAUUUUAUAGAAGGGCUCUAUGUGGACUGUGUCAUACUUGGAACCAGCCUCUAGUGGCUACUUCAGGAACUGCACAUUUUAGCACUUCAGUGUUUCAGUCAAUUGCAUUACUUCAAGGUUUUAUUGAGUUUGUCUGUAUUUGUAGAGUGCUGUUGGUUUAAUCUUGAUGCGCCAUAGUGCUCACUGUUAAAAAUUUUGUUGACAUAGUUGUUGUGAAUCAUCAUUUCAUGACAAACCACUGGAUGCCUUUCAAACCUGCUUUGAAUCAAAUAACCACCAAAACAAGGUGAAAGCAGACUUGAUUUACUCUGUGAUUGACAGCAUGAGUGCAGUGGGUUUUACACUCAGCCGGUAAAACAUUUUAAUACCUGACUGGAUUAUUUCUGAUUGUUCAAAAUGGACAACUGGGCGAGGGGCCCAGACCUCCUCCAGGGGCCAGGACAGCUCCAGACUGUCUGACAGAGAAUCUUUGGGAGUUUGAUUAAUGGGUUGGCUUGCUCUGUCUGUUUUUGCUAAUGGGGGUUACAGUUAAUCAAACCUAAUAAGCACACACCGAGUGAAGUAUUUGCACUUUGGGAUAGGACCUUGAAGGCAUCGGUGUAUGCAACCUGCAGAUCUUAUAGUGGCUCAGAAAAUAUGCUAAUAAUGUGAUGAUGUUUUUAGUGCAAAAAUAAAGAAGAUUAACAAUCCAGGCUUUAAUAUUUGUCUUCCAAACCCAAUGGCAAACACUGUGGGGCCAAGGAAUAAUAUGAGGAUAGAUUCACAAGGAAAUAGGAACAUAACGUCAGACUUUUAAAAGACACCAUUGCCGUCAGCAACACUCCUCUGAUUUUUGACUCUUCCUAACUGAUUUAUUAUUCAUAUCUCCUCUGUUGUCACCAGGCUUGUUAAUGUCAGAAACUUUUGACUGUUUUUCUUCUUUUGGGGUGAGUAGCUUCUGAGCCUGAGGGGCGCCCUCUAGAGGAUACAUUGCUUAACAUUCUUUCCGAUGCAAAGACAAAUGGAAGUUUGAAGGUUGUGAGGAUCACAAAAUUAAAAACAUGUGGGUCUACAAUCACUGAUCGCUUUAUUAGGGACACAGGAUCAAUUGCUUGUUAACACAAAUAGCUAAUCAACCAAUCAUGUGGCAGCAAUUCAAUAUAUUUAGGCAUGUAGACGUGGCCAAGACGACUUGCUGAAGUUCAAACUGAGCAUCAAAAUGGGGAAGAAAGGAGAUUUAAGUGACUUUGAACAUGGCAUGUUUGAUGGAGCAAGAUGGGCUGGCCUAAGUAUUUCAGAAGCUGCUGAAGCUGUUAGGGUUUACAGAGAAUGGUCUGAAAAGAGAAAAUAUCCAGUGUGAGGCAGGUGUAUAGAUGAUGUUGAUGGUUGAUGUUAGAGGUCAGAGGAGUAUGGUUAGACUGGUUUGAAAUGAUGGAAAGGCAACAGUAAGUCAAAUAACCGCUCUACAACCAAGGUGCACCAUCUCUGAACGCACAACAUGUCAAACCUUGAAGCAGAUGGACCACAGCAGCUGAAGACCACACCAAUUGACCCUCCUUUCAGCUAAGAACAGAAAACUAAGGCUUUGGGCUCCUUAGUACCAACUGAGCAUCGUUUAACUACCACAGCCUACCUGGGUAUUGUUGCCGACCAUGUCCAUCCCUUUACAGCCACAGUGUACUCAUCUGCUGAUGGUUCCUUCCAGCAGAAUAUCCAUGUCACAAAGCUCAAAUCAUCUUAAACUGGUUUCUUGAACAUAACAGUAAAUUCACUGGACUCCAGUGGCCUCCACAGUCCACAGAUCUCAGUCCAAUAGAGCACCUUUGGGAUGUGGUGGAAUGGGAGAUUCACAUGAUGGGUGUGCAACCGACAAAUCUGCAGCAACUGCGUGAUGCUCUUCAGUUAAUAUGGACAAAAACCUCUGAGGGAUGUUUCUAACAUCUUUUGAAAGUAUGCAUUAAGAUUUAAGACAGAUCUUAGGGCAAAAGAGGAUGUUUUAUGGUGUCUCCUUGGCUCUUGGGGCCAACUCCCAGUGGACAUUUGAGGAACUGCAGCUUAAUGGACUUCAGAUAUUGCCUCAUCUCUUCAUCCUUUUCUUUUAAAAUCCGGACAGUAUUUUUUUUUCCUAAUCCUGCCUGCAAAGACACCAACUGGAUUGGGAAACAUAACCUCUUCAGUGGAUGUUGCAGUAAAGUGUGUGUGUGUGUGUGUGUGUGUGUGUGUGUGUGUGUGUGUGUGUGUGUGUGUGUGUGUGGUGGGGGACAGGGUUAAUCCUGCCAUGAUGGCGUGAUUGGAAACCAGCAGCUGCUGUGGAGCUGGGGAAUAAUUUGAUCUGCUUUGGAUUUUACAUUUGUGGUAAUUUAAAGAAAACACAGACAAUAAACGGCUGUGUUCCUGUAAAUCCAGCAGCUGUGAGCCUUUUCUGCCUCCUGCUGAUGACAAUACAGUCAGAUGGGAGGCUGUGAAAAAUAAAAACACGCUGCAUCAAAGAGAAUAGAGAUGGUUCUGCAACCUGCUGCUGCAUCCUCGGAGCGAAAGGAUUUUUCAGAAAGUUACCUGAUGCUGUUUGAAGGUUUGUCCUCUUGAGGAUAAAAAGCCCUUUGUCUGACUCUGACCCAUAUUGCUAGAGGUAAUCUGUGCUUAAAAAUGAUUAAAUGUUGCUUGUGGCUGUUCGUACGAUGAAGUGCAUGGGUUUUAAUCCUGCAGCAGAAAUUGCAGAUUUUCUGUCUAUGAUCUUGGGAGUCUCUGUCUAGAUUUUGGAUAAUGAAUGAAUCUCUUUUCCAGCUGAUAGACAUAGCAGCAUUCAGGCCGCCUGGAGCCGUUCCACUGAUAGUAUGUGGAGCACUUACACAGGCAACAGUGCCAAAAACAGAGGGAUGUCCUCAGGAUUUUGCUUGUCUAGACUUCUACAAACACUCACACGCUUGAAAAGUCAAAAAUCACCGCUUAAUGACUGAAAAAAUGAUCUGAAUAAACACUCCUCUGCUGACUCUCCUCCAUGGCCUCAGAGGGUGCAUGUUUUGAAUUUAUCUCACUGAGUUUUAACUGAUUAAUCCACAUUAAGCCACAUUAUUUGCUCCAGUUAUUUUCAGUCCAGGAUGUUUUGUAAUUUUUUUCCAAUCCUUUUAGAUGCAUAAUGACUCCAAAAAUAAAUUGCGUGAUGUUUCAACAACCUCAUGCCUUAUUUUUAGGAGCAAUGGAUAUUUUUAACAGUACUUCAAAAAUGAACAUGAAGGUGAUGUUUUGGUAUCUAAUCUCAUCCUUGUGUUCUUAUUUGAUAAAUAAAUUGUGUGAUGUUGAAACAACCUCUUACCUAUUUUUCAGGAGUUAUUUGUAUAUCCAUUAUCAGCUAUUAGAAAAGGGCCAACAGCUCAUGUAUUUCCUCUGCAUGAAAUUUAAUGUAUUUGCCCUCUUAGAGCUAAAAAAAAACUAAAAAAUAUUUGAGAUCAUUUGUGUGAGAGGUGAGAAUUGCAAGUGCAACCUUUUCUCCCCAUGAUAAGGUUUUAUAGCUUCCAGUGCCAUAAUUGAUUCUCUUUAUUGAUCCAAAUCUUCCAAUUACUCUGUAACUUCUUGUGGAUUUUCUGUGCAACAAAGUCGACCGGUAUGGGUUUUUGUGUGUUAACAAACAACAACUUUUUACACUUCUAAAAUGAAUACAUUUUUGAUCACAGAUUUGACUUUGUGUUUGAGGGCCUGGAUCUGGAUGGUCUCUAAAAAUACACUGUUCGUCUCUGUGUGAUAGAAAAACCCCUGAAUGUCAGAGUGAGGUGAUUUUACAGUAGGUCAGUAUGUUUCAUUGUUCUAUUUCUUAGAGCUGAGAUUGCAGUCACAACAGCAUAGUUGUUUUUUGUCUGCUCCUGUCCUCUGUCUGCCAUGAUUACUCCCUUGGUUGUCGUUUGUGCUGACUUUCUCUGGAGAUGCAUUACAUACAUUGUUUAUAUCGUCCUCUGGUUCUCCAACCACUCUUAGCUCUUUACACCAUAUUAACCCACCCAUGGCAGAGGUUGCUAGUGCCCAUUAGUUUCUGAAUAACCCCAUUUACACUGGGCAUAACCAGUUAGGGCAAAUGGGUAAAGUAUCUUGCUCAACUCAAGGAUUUAGCAACUCAAAGUUUUUUUUGUUUUUUUUCUUUUUUAAUUCCCAUCCCUAUUUGCGUCAUUGUUUAAUAGACUGAUGUCUAAUAUAGUCUGUAGAGUUCUGUGGAUAAAUAUUGAUUGACUCGUGUGAAAAUCAAACUGUACAUUACACCAUAUUAUGGUAGUUUAUUGUACUUUAGUGAGAUUAGCAUCAAUUAACAACUUGGCUUCAUUCCCAGAGUAGAGCUUGAAGCAGGACUAGUGUGUGAUGCACCAUAAGCAAGCUUGUUUGUCUCAGCUAACUACUGUGUUCAAGUGUGGGCAGUGUGUGCAGUCAGAGAGUUGUGUAUUUCAGCAAACAGUUGACCAAAACAAGCAACUUCUUGUUAUUCAAUACUAAAGCUGCGUUCAAGUUACAUUGGAAGUCAGAUGUUGCAGCUGAAAAUGACGCCACACCCGUGUUACUGGCGUUUCAGUUACAAGGUCAGAAAAAAGCAAAAUUGGAGGCGGUAACAAGAUGGCUACAUCUAUGAAAGUUAUUUUAGCGCUUACCUUGUCCGCAUAUAACAAGGACAUUCGACUUCCGAGGUAACGCAGGAGAGGAUUCUGAAUAUUUUAAUAAUUGCCCUAGAGUGCUCAACUUGUAUGUUUUGGUGUUUUUCUGCCUCUACAUUCAUCUGCACUGGUCUGCACCCUCCCCCUUCAGACAACAGCCAAUCAGUACAGUGCUUCAUCAUUACAGCAUCCCUGACCCCUCAGAUCAAUGCAAUGAUAACAAGGCUGGAAACUGAAAGGCUGCAGGUUGGGAAGUUUUUUUGCUACUUUUUAAAAAACCUCUGCAAAAAGAAGACUAGGAUACAUUGGAUACAGCUGAAAGUUUCCAUUGCACUGGCUCCUUGAGCAAAUUAAUUUCAACACAAGAGGAACCACAAUGCCAAAGGGAAGUCUGGAAAUAUCAUUUGUGGUUGACAGGAAUCCUUGCAAAAUUAGUCAUACUUCAAAUAGCACGAGUUGUAGUAUAUUGACCCCAGUUUUAGCGACCAAUUCAAUCAUUUUUAUCCAUAAUCCACAAAUGUAAGUCCUAUGUGGAAUUUGUAUUGGUCUUGUUACUGCAGUGCUGGCAUCCUUAAUUGUUUCAGGUCAUGUUUACUAUUUUUGUAUGAUUAGGUUGCACAAACCACAGCAGUGUGAGUCCACUGCAUUAGUAACUGUGUGCUAAAAUCACUACACUCUGAGUCACUGUGGAUGUUAUAUUGCUACAUGGCUUUAUAAACUGUGAUAUGUCAAAAUCCGGUUCCCUUUUCAGAUCACAAACUGUCAUGUGCAGCCACAGUGGUGCCACUCUGUUCAAAGUCCUGUUCACAUGUCAAUCAAAGAAAAAAAUCUCCAAACUGAAAUGUCUCAACCUGUCAUGCAGAGGCUGUCAUUCAAAACGAGUUAAAGCCCAAGAUAGUGGAGUAAAGCAAAGAGAGAAGACAAUCAAAGAGGAAUCCUCACACUGUAAAUGCUUUCUAUACUGUAGCUCGUUGGUAACAUAUUCUUGACAGACCAAUCUUAGCCUCGGUCCCUUCAGAGACUUGAUUUGAACUUUUUGUACCUGUGCCUGGUCACAAGGCUCCAGGGAUGUACUAUCAUUCUUGUUAUAGAUUCUGUAUUGAUUCUACAUAAAAAAUGUAAUGACAGGUCUUGUUAUCAGAGGUGAUCUGGUUUGUAGUCUGAGCAGAUAUGACCCAUCACAAAUCAGGAGGAUUAAGUGUCAGCGGGAAAGCUGCAAAGAGGGCAAAAACAUGCCAUGCAGAGUCCAUUUUAAUGACACCCCAGCACCCACCUGACCAUGAUUUAUUUAUACAUAAACUGUUAUCUGCAUGCAUAAGCAGCUGACAACCUGUUUUGGUCCAACAUUUUGACUUGAGAUCAAAUCAGCCUGACACUGUGUCCCCAAAGCCAGUCGGCAUUUCAAUCUCCCAGAAUGCAUCGGAAAUUUAAUUCAACCCCUGCUCAGCAAACAACCGCUUUAAACGUUGUUUUCUUCUUCCCUUGAGGACACACCUGACAAAGCUUGACUUUUUGUAAAUCCUGCGUAAUCAUUUUGUUAUUUCAGCAAACUUGAGACCUGUUAGCUAAAAAUAAAUGAAAAGAAAAUAAAGCUCACCCCUUAUAAUCUAAAUGGAUAGGAUGAUAAAACUGUCUGGAAAUGCAGAAAGAGCCAGAAUGUAGGAUUAAGACCUGAUUAAGACCAUCCCCCUUUUAAAGACUAAAGGAGCGUUUUAACCAAAAGUACCAGACAUUUGUAAUUCCAGGAACUUUGCUCCAAAGAACUAAAUUGUUCCCAGUGCUUGCUGCACUUCCUCUGUUGGCUGAAAUGUUAAAACAAGUUGUCAUGACUCACUUUGGCAUCAAAUAAGCUCUAUCAACCAAUAAGGGGAACUUUUUUGAGCUUUCAUGCCAUUGCUGUGUGCUCCUCUCUCAGCUCAGAUAGGGUCUGUCUGUGAAUUAGGCACCAGUAAAAAAUGUAAACGAGACUGUUUCAUCAUAAGACUAAACCCUGAAACCAUAACACCCAAAACUAUCCUCUUUUUCUGGAAAGAAACUAUGAUAUGCUCAUUAUUUAACUGGUAAGGUUAUGUGGGAUGUAAAUGAAGGACUUGAUUUUUCUUCUUCUUCUUUCUUUUUUUUACAUAAAAAGAUUGUCUUCAGGACCUGGCCCCCAGAUCAAUGCCAACCACUGGCUACACUGAAAAAUACAGUUAAUUACUUAAACUUGAAUAUAGAUGUUGUAAUUUCAGCAAACUGAAGACGUGCUAUUUCCAGAUAUGUAAUUAGAAAAUGUUCUUUUCGCGUACCCUGAAGAGAAGCAGAGUGAAAUCUAUUUACAGAGGAACAGAGACCGAUGAACAGGUGCUACUUCUAUAAUAAACCGAGAGGUGUUAGAUUAUAUUUAGCAGACAUAAUUGGGGGCAAAAUUGCUUAACUUUUGAUGUGUUUUAUGGGCCUCAUCCUAGUUACAGGUUUAACUGUUGAUGUAGAGCUUGGAAACGAAAAAAAAAAAAAUUGCUAUGGAAUCGUUUUUACAGUCUGUUCUGUACUCCCUGUCCUGCAUGAUUGGUUAAUCCCUUUUGGGGUGAUCUGUUGAUGUGGAGAGAGAGAGAAAUAGAUAGAUAGAGAGAGAGAAAGAGAGAGUGAUAGAUAGAUAGAUAGAUAGAUAGAUAGAUAGAUAGAUAGAGAGAGAGAGAGAGAGAGAGAGAGAGAGAGAGAGAGGGAGGUGUAGCUCAUCCUGCAAGCCUGAUAGGAGCCACCUGUGCUGCUGCAUGAAUCGGAUUGGUGCGCAGUUGCAGAGAAUCAGAGGAGACAGCAUCUGCGACUUAGUUCAUAAGGCUUGUUUACAUCAUUAUGAGUCAGGAGGCAGGUUAGCUGUGAUCAGAUCAUUUCUGUACCUCUUCUAUCUGUGGUUUGCCUUCGAGUGGUGUUUUCUCAAACCAUCAAAUAUUUGUGUAGUCUUUUGUAUUCGGUUAUUGUAAUGAGGUGGUCCUCAGAGUCCUGGUUUAGUUAUACUGCACACCCAUAUCUACUCAUAUCAGUAUUUUCCAGUUAAUUACACUAGCUUUAGGGUGCUCUCUUUUGUUUUUUGUUUUGUUUGAUGGUACGGAUUGCCAGGUGUGGUUUUGGUUCCCUCUUUCAACUCUUUAGAAAUUUAGAUUAUCCAUAGGUCCAUUAAGUUGCAUUUUUUCCUCACAUUUCUCAUCUCCCCCACCUAACCUCUUUUAUAAUAAAUAACCUCAAUUUAACAUUUACCUCCGGUUGUUUAUGCCGCUUCCCUUCCCAAUUGAGCUGAGUCAUAAUGUCAUUUAUCACUAACUUUGGCUGUUGCAAAAAGCCAGAAAGUUGGCCACCAUUUCUGCGAGAAUAAAUCUUUGAUAAACAAUGGAGGGCUCUGAGUUUUCCCUCACUGGCAAGGAUGUCUGGCUGCCCCCUCACUUCUACCUGCAUGUGAUCCAAGUUUUCAGAAAGAUCUCAGUGACUAAAACAUGAGUGUUUGUCAUGAGAAAGAUGAUGCUAUUCAGACAGGUGACCCUUAAGGUCUUCUCCAUCUUCUUUCACAAGAACAAAUGAAAAAUGUUCAUCAGUAUGAGGAAAUUUCCAGCUUGUGGCUGUUUUCCCUGAUUGUAGUUCAGUCUCAGUGGAUCCUAUUAGAGACUUUGACAGUUUUACAUCUAGUAGCGAUACAAAUCAGUGGAAACACAUAAGCACUGAUGUUUAUCAGCUUCUAGAGCUCAGUUUUACCUCUAUGGUUUUGGUAGAUGGACUGUUUUGUUUUAAUUUAUUUGUUUGUUUAACAUAGACAUACAGUAAUAUUAGUACUAUACUUUUAUAUGCACAAAUCCCAGAUGCACUGCACCUAGUGUAAUACAGCAAAAAUGCUGAUCUGCAGCAUUUGAUUAACCCAAGGUUAAUGUUUUUGUUCUUGAUUGCAUUGUCUGACUAUCUUUUGCAUAAGCUGACUCUUAUCUUCUUCUCUGACUGAACCUUAACCCGGGGAAGAAUUAAAAGCUCCCUACAAAAACUGAUUCCAGACCGUAUCGGAGGAAGAAAAAAUCAACAUAAAACCACAUCACUUCCUCUCUCAGCUUCUCUCGGUUCAUUUCACAUGGAGGAUAUAGCCUUUGCUGUCAGAACCCAGGGGCUCUGGAGCAAUCCGCCAGAGGAAAGCAGGUCAGCUGAAUCAGUGAUCUUUCUUUUUCACCCCCUUCUUAAAAUGUAUGGUUAUUCAAGAGACUUUCCUGAGUAUCAGACAUCUUUUGGCUGCCUUUAAGGCUCUGGUGAGAUACUUUUGGCUUGUGUUGACUUUGGCACCCCCUCUGGACAAACAGCCUCAUUUCUUUUGGUGAUUUUGAUUCUGACUCAGACACUGUACACAAGGUAAAGCCUCUAGAUUCAGAAGCCAACUGGUCCUGACACCGCAUGUCAGCCAGAUUGAGGUAUAACCUCUUUAAUGUUUAGUCUGACCUUAGCAUCAUUGAUAUUCUCACCAGCUUUGCUGCCAGUGCAUGGAUUGCAGGACAGGAUGAGCGUGGUCCAGACCUGCUCUUGUUCCUUGAAAAGUGUCUUGAGAUGACGACUGUUGUGAAUCGGCGCUAUAUAAAUAAAAUUUUAUUGAUUGAUUGAUUGAUUGAUGUUGCUCUAGCUUUCCCCAUCACAGACAGUUGGGGUCCAGCAGCUCCUCAGGCUGAUUUUACAUCUGUGAUGCUAACUCUCAUUUUUUCCCCCUCUUCAAGAAAGUGGUCACUGGUCACUGUCUGUUUUCAGCUGGCCUAUCAAUGAAGAAAGAUGCCCCAAAAAUGUGACAUAAAACAAAUAAAUCACAAUGUAAAGGUAUUUCAGCAGACACAAAGAUGAUGUAAAUAUGUAAACACAGUGAACCCAUGCAGCGUUAGCAACACCCCUAACCUAACAUUCAUUCAUCAUUUAAUGAAAAUAAUAUGUUAUUGAUCUAAGCUGACAAAUGCUUCCUCUGUUCGAUGAUUCUCAGGGAAAGAAAAACCAAAUUGGGACCUAACUAAUGAAACAGGAAGAGCAGGUAAAAGGCUGGGGAGCUUUGGGUCAGGGACCCACUGUGCACUGAGGUCCUGGGGACUGUCAAGUCUUGGAGACUCGGGCUGAGUGCUGGGGAGCUCUGGGUCUGAAAUCUUGCGACUUCUUUAGUUUUUCUGGGAAAUGACCGUUUUCAUAAAUGAUUAGGGCAAACACAAAACAGACAAAAAAAUAUAUCUGUUUGUCUUAUUGAUUUUAAAUAGUUUUAAUCUCUUUUUUUUAUUUCCAAUGUAUUUCCUUGUGUCUGUAAAGCACUUCGAAUUGGCUUGUGUAUGAAUGGUGUGAUACAAAUAAACCUUGCCUUAUUCAGUGUAAAGUUAAAACUUGUAUAACUUCAGAACAUUUCUAUUUAUAUCUGUGGUUGUGUAAAAUGUCAGUCAGACAGUUGUGCAAUCACCAAAAUUUGUCGUUUUUGAUCCUUUUGCCUGAAAAUGAAUUCCCGUUGGUGGAAAGAUGAAAGACAUUUUACAUGUGAGUUUCCUUUUUUCAAAGAACGUUUUUGUCCUGAUGUUUGGCAGCUUGUUAGCCAGAUGACAGAUGUGAUUGCCCUGAAUAUGGAGCCGAGCUCUGUGAUCAAAGAUGUGCAUUAACAUGAGGUGAAUUUCCCAUAUUUCCCAUUCGAAGCAGCUUUUGUUGGCCUGUCGUCCACCAUAUUUAAUGCACUGAGAAGCGAAGCAGCACCGGUUGAUUUUUUUUUCUUGCGGUCUUUCAACUUGCUCCUGAUGUGUGUGGAUGUGGGUUCUUUUAUCUGACAGCAGGUCGGACUCUUCGCCUUCAACAGAGAAUAUCACAAAGACUUGGAGGGAUAAGCCCGCUUUAUCUCCUUCAGCAAAAGCAAUACAAGACAUGGAAUAUAAAACACUUUGGAGUGUACAGCCCUUCACAAAAGCUAAGCUGCUGAAUUGUCUUUUCCAUGUUAGUCACAUCAAAGUAGGGCAAAAGCAGCAGUAGUCCACAGCCAAAGCAUCUGGGGACAGUGAUAUCACUCCCAACUCCCAAAUGCCUCAUUCCCUCGUCCUAAUCUCAUUCUAAAAUAUGAUUUCUCUCUGCUAAAUGAUUGCUUUUUGUUAUUGUCAGAAAACAUUUUGAACCAGUUAUCAUUCUUGUGCUGCUUUUUUCAUUUGGUGGUAUUUUGAUAUGUGUUAAUCUCUCUGCCACAUUGUUUGUUUGAGUGAGUGUGUUUGUGGAGAGAUGGAGCAUGGCGAAUGGCUAGCUCUUUGGAUGAAAAGCUGCGGGCAGGAUUAAGAGGAAAAACAUGGGAAAAAUAAUCUGUAGGCAGGCUGACGUCAUGCUGUUAGGGCCGGGGUUGUGGAGGUGAGGCUGAGCGUGGUGACAGAGGGCAUCAGAGCGCCUCUGAGCAACGCCAGCUCGCUGCUCUGCAAGGUGCCUUUGGUCCCUGUCCAUGUGUGGCAUGGCUGCUGCUCAGCUCUCAGACAUAAGGUCAUACAACAUCAACUGCACUCACACAUAUACACACAUUAGAUAGUGCAUCAGGCUGGGGUUGUGUUUCAGUCCCUGACCAUUGAAAGCAAGUAUAAAAUUUAUUAUUUUAAGUACACAUUAUCACUACACUUGGGGAUGCAAUAUUUCUCAUGUUUAACUACUAAUUCUCUUUUUUUUUCUUUGUUUUUUUUGCUGCUUGUAUAUCAGAUGAGAAUUUAUGUUCAAAGAACCCAUUGUAAAUGUCCAGAAGCUACCAAUACCUCAAUUAAACAUGUUGAGCACUUUUAAAGCUUAAGAUUGUAUUCUGUGCAGUAGUAUUGUUUCUCUGUGGGAUGUUUCUAGUCUUAUGAGCAUAGAUCAAUCCAGUAAUAUCUGGUGGUAGGUUUGACGCUGCAGGCAGGUGCAAAAUCCUGCAGGAAAAAGAGAUCAGCAUCUCUGUAAAACUUCUCAGCAGAUGUUGGCAUGAAGUGCUGUAAAAUCUCCUGGUAGACGUCAGACUACAUGGAUUCUGAACAUGAUAAAACAUUGUGUAGGCAGAUGUAGUCCACUGGCGUGUGUAGUACAUUUUUGCUGGUAUUCUUUAGUCUCUAUGUCAUUUGUUUAUGGCACCCACUGUAGAGUGUUUCAACCUACAGCUGAGCUUUACAUCCUUUUGUUCACACUAAAGUGUUUCAGAGAGGUGUUAAACCAAGCCAGGGUAAAUGCACAUGUCUGAUCAACUUGUUUGAUAUAAUAUACAACUAGAUGAUUACAUUUUUAAUAGCUUCAACAUGUCGUCAGGCUGAGAGGGAGAGAGAUGUCGCUGGGAUGAGCAGAAUGGAGAAGGCGGCGAGUAGACAGUAAGCUUCGCUUCCCCCCUCUGACGCCAUCUCUUUUUUUCAAAUGGAGUCAGGUCACAGGCUCUUCAUCAUGUGCUCUUACUUCCAUAAUGCACCCUAGACAUGCAGAAUCACACUCUUCACGCAUAUAGUUUAACCCCUGCAUUACAGGGAAACCGAUGUAGAGUUGCACCGCAAUUUGUGGGCACAAUUUGAAGCUGAGCCAGCAGCCUUAAGUGUUAGGACCUGUCAGACCUGAAAAUUGAUGGCCUUAUCUCAUGUAGUGUGUCACAGCGAACGACAACCAAGGGCAUGUCCAAAGUGCCUCCCACCAUCUCACAGAAAUUCUCGCAUGUUUUAUUUUUGACCUAAUGUGCUCUACCACCUCCAUGAUGUUGACAAAUGAGAGCACAAGGCACAACUGUAAGGAGUACAGUUUGUUUUAAGAGGUGCUGCUUUUUUAUUGUUGUUGUGUUUUCUGAAAGGAAUAAAAGGUUGAUUUGCAUUUCAUGUUUUCCAUUAAACAUUAUGUUUCAAAUAAAAUAUGAAAUAAGGGAAAGUUUGUAAUGUUCAGGUGAAUCAGAAUCAGAAUACUUCAUUAGUGACUUUGGUCAUUGCACUUACUCUCAGAAAUACAAAUAUUAUUAAUAGAAGAAGAAUAGAAAUUGGAGUGAAAUUAGAAUAGAUAAGAAAUAAAAACUGUCCAGAAAAGAGCAGAUUAUUAGAAAGAAAGCUAUUUUCAAUGUGCAGAUUGUGUAAAAAAUAAGCCAUGUGCAAGCACAGAUAGUAAAAAGUCAUGUAUAACACCAGUUUGCAGUCUUUAACUGUAGGGUAUUGCACAGAGUAUUGAAUUGUAAUGGGCUGCAUGAACACUGGCACAUGCAUAUUUUGAACCAUAUGUGUUUAAUAGUCUCAGAUUUUGCAUGAGUAACUGCAUCCAAAACCUCCUCCUACAUGCAUGAUAUCUGAUUUAUGUAAAUCCUUUACAUGUUCUGAUAUUUGCACGCUUUUAUGUAACAUAUCAUCACAUGUAUCUGAAUUAAUUCUUGCACGUGCAUCUCUGUCCUGUAUGUGAAACAUGUGAAAUGUGUUUCAAAGGUUGUAAAUCUCAUGCAGUUAAGGACUCUUUUUAAUCCUGGCGGGCACAGCUCAGUCAAACAUAACUCCCAGCCUGGUGUAAGUACUGUUACGGCGGGGGUAUUAGUGCAUCUGAGCAGUGAGCUGUCUGCGUGUUGACGGACAGGGUCAUGGUCAGCUUUUUACCUCACUGUCGAGUACACUCGCUCACUCAUUCGCUCACAGGGCAGCUGAAGUUAUUAACACGCUUUUAACAGCACAAACAGAUGCUGAGCUGCUAAUCUAACACACUGAGCCGGCACGCUGUAAAGAAAUGCAUCAGCAGCAACAACAAGUGUACAUUCCUGCUAUAUUUAAUCCAACUCUCUGAGGGAUACGGUCCAUAUUAAAUAUUCAAGUGUCAGGGAUAAAACUGGAGCACUGUGCCCAAAAAUCUGGACUGAAAACUAUUUCUGAGUUUGCUGAAGUUUAGAUUGUUUCAUUAUGGUGGUGGUAUGACUUCAAUAUGACACAGCAUUAUUAUCUGAUGUUAUUUAGAGGUGAACCUUCACUUUCUGAAAGAACCUCACACCUACUAUGUCAUCUCUUUGCAGUAGCUCCUUAAUGCUCUCUGUUGUGCGUAGAAAAAACUGUUGUAGUGGUGAAUGCUGGUUUGGUUACAUCUACAGUUGGUUUGCUGUUUGCUUUUUGACUCUUGACUUUGGCUAUUUUGCUGCUGCCACAUUGGAUUUUGAGUGCGCGAACGUACGGGAGGUACAGCUGAGCAAUUAAUCAAAUUUCCAUAUAAACUGAAGCUGCAAACAGUGUUGAACAGGUCUUCGCACCUCUGCACAUGUUGGAGUUUGUGCACAUUAGACUGCAGUAAUGGCAUGUAUGUAGUGCAGCUGCAGUUUGUUUCUGCUGUGGUGUUUUAUCGUGCAGUAGCUUUAUACGCACUCCACCACUUGCACAGUAGCAUUGUACGUAUUCGGUUUGGAGGGGGCGGGAUUUAUGACCUAUACUGCAGCCCGUCACCAGAGGGUGCUGUUCUCGGGGUGGCUUCACCCAGCGAGGGACAGACACUGUCCAUUCUAUAUACAGUCUAUGGUUUCUACACUAGCAUGUUAUUUCUUGACUUUCGGUAGGGUUUAACAAAAUGCAGGUAACCAUAUGAUGUUUCACCAAAUAUGUGUCUACCUCCAGCUUCUGUUUGUCUUGUCUCAUUCAUUUCGACACAGUGAAUAAAAUUAGUUGGUCAGUUUUUUUGUGUUUCUUAGUGCUCAAAUUUUGAAAAAGAUCUCCAUGAUGAGCACAAAUCUACUCUUAGAAGAUUCAGAAAGUGCAGAUGUCUUGUGAUCAGAUCCGUGACUUAGAGGCACUUUCUUUCCACCUCUCUUCACAGAGAGGUUUUGGUCCUUUGCCAGCAUAGCGCUGGGCAUUUGCUGCCAUUUACUAAAUGUUAGCUAGGCACACUAUUUUGCCUUUAGCUAACACUAUAAUGCCAUCCUGAAAACUGCCCUAAAAAGAUCUUUUUAUAAGUAGUAAUCUGAGAAAAAGCCUUCUGCUUUCUCGAAAUAGUCAAAAGAAUCACUCACUGUGAGUAUUUACCGUGAAAAAGUAUGAAAAGGGUUUUUCCUCUCUGCUGUAAAUCACCUUGUCUGACGCCUACUCUCCUCACAGCAUUUUCAGGCAUUCAAAAUUACAACAAAGACAUCAUCAGUCUUUUUGCUAAUGGUUUUGUUUGCUUUUCUAGGUCAUAAAGAGGAAUCAGUGUCAAUUUUAGUGUUUUAUAAGCAGCUCAAAACUCCUCACAGGAUCUUUCAUGAAAGUUACAUCAGCCUUAGAUGACUGGCGAUGACUUCCAGGAUUGCUUUACGGUGGAUAAUGCUUUUUCUGGACUGUUACUCACUUUGGCUCACAUUCUUUUUUGAAGGAGUGCCAACAACAAUCUUUCCUCUCAUAAAUAGCCACCUUUAAUAUCCUAAUGCAAGUUAAACACAGAAUGAACAAACAAAUAAAUAACACAGAAAUUUGUUUACAGUUUCCAAAAAAGUGCAAUCUGUGCCAGAUUCUGGUCUGAGAUUUCAGGAUCAGAAUCUGGUUUUUGUUUACGGUCGAAGUAGUAUUACAGGCCUAAGCAGUACACAAUUCAUCAUAAUGACGACUGUCAACCAUGAAAAGCUGUGUUGUACGUCUGAGCCUCUACAACAAACUUCAGAACAAGAAUAGGCCCCGUCCCUAAUUUUUUUAAAAAAUAAACUUAUGCCAACAUCAAACUUAAAUUAUAAAGUAAAGUUGAAUAUUUCUCUCUCAGAGGAGACCCAUUGGACCAAUUGUCACUUUAUAUUCAUAGAGACUUGCUUUACAUGGUUUUUGCUCAAAAUCCUCCCUAUUUGUCUCAUACUGACAUCCAUGAAAACCAUAAUUUCAGUAACUUUAAUCUUCUGCCUGAAACUCCUCGCUUUGGCUGCUUUUCCCCGAGACACAGCUUGCAGGUGUUACUUUUUACACAGUUGUGUAAUAAUAAUAAUAAUAAUAAUAAUAAUACAUUUUAUUUGUAAAGCGCUUUUCAAAGACACAAAGACGCUGUACAGAGUAAGCAGUAAAAACACACAUCAAUAAGUAAGAAAAUUUACGGCAAUAUAAUAAAAACAUGUAAUCAGGUAAAAUCAAAUAACAAUAAAACACACAUAAAUGAGUAAUAAAAUUUACGACAAUGUCAAUAAAAACAUGUAGAAUCAGGUAAAAUCUAAUGGGGGGUUAGGAGGGAUGAAAGGCAGUGCGGAAGAGGUGGGUUUUGAGAAGGGUUUUGAAUCUGGUGAGGUCAGUGCAGUUUUUGAGUUCAAGUGGGAGUGAGUUCCAGAGGGUGGGGGCGGCGACUGAGAAGGCUCUGUCCCCCCAGGUUCGGUGCUUGGUCAGGGGAACUGUGAGGAGGUUGGCAUUGGCGGAGCGGAGGGUGCGGGAGGGGAUGUAGGGGUGGAGAAGAUCCUGUAGGUAGGGGGGGUUGUGGAGUGCUUUGUGGGUGAGGAGGAGGAUUUUGUAUUGAAUGCGAUGGGGUAUGGGGAGCCAGUGAAGGUUUUGGAGGACGGGGGUGAUGUGUUGAUGGGAGCGUGUGUGGGUGAGGAGGCGGGCGGCUGAGUUCUGGAUAAGCUGAAGUUUGUUGAGGAGAGUGGAGGUGGUGCCAUAAAAGAGACUGUUGCAGUAAUCUAGACGAGAUGAAAUGAAUGCAUGUAUAAGGGUUUCAGCUGCAGGGUAGGAGAGGGAGGGGCGGAGGCGGGCAAUGUUUUUGAGGUGGAAAUAGGCUGUUUUAGUGAUUUGCUUAAUGUGUUGGGUGAAGGAGAGGUUGCUGUCGAAGAGAAUGCCAAGGUUGCGACAGUGGGAGGAGGGGGAGAGGAUGGAGUUGUUGAUGGAGAGAUGAAAGUUUGUGACUGUGGGGGUGAGGGAGUUUGGGCCAAUGAUGAUGAGAUCUGUUUUGUCAUAAUUGAGUUUAAGAAGAUUGCUGUCCAUCCAGUGUUUGAUGUCAGAGAGGCAGUUUGAGAGGGAGCGUUGGGUCUGGGGGGUGAUGGAGUUGGAGGAGAUAUAUAAUUGAAUGUCAUCAGCAUAGCAGUGGAAGUGGAGGUUGUGUUGAUGGAGGAUGUGGCCAAGAGGGAGGAGGUAGAUGAUGAAGAGGAGGGGACCAAGCACCGAACCCUGGGGGACACCUUGGGACACGGGGGCGGUUGUGGAGGAGCAGUUGUUAAUAUGGAUGAAGUGAUUCCGGUCUGUGAGGUAAGAGUGGAUCCAGUUAAGAGCGGUGUCUGUGAUAUUGAGGAGGGAGUGUAGGCGGGACAGAAGGAUGGCAUGGUCGAUGGUGUCGAAAGCUGCGGAGAGGUCGAGGAGGAUGAGGAUGGAGAGUUGGCCAGAGUCAGCGGAGAUGAGGAGGUCAUUUGUCACUUUUAUGAGGGCAGUUUCAGUGCUGUGGUGGGUGCGGAAUCCUGAUUGGAACUGUUCAUAUAGGUUGUUACUGUUGAGGUGGGUUUUGAUUUGUGAUGCGAUGACACGUUCGAGGAUUUUUGACAGGAAAGGGAGGUUUGAGAUGGGCCGGAAGUUACUAAUGUCAUCGGGGUUGAGUCCAGGUUUUUUGAGGAUGGGGGUGACAGCAGCCAGUUUAAGUGACGGGGGAACAGUGGCGGAGUUGAGGGAGGAGUUGAUGAUCUGUGUUAUGACUGGGGAGAUGACGGGGAGGCAAUGCUUGAUGAGGGAGGAUGGGAUGGGAUCGAGGAUACAGGUGGAUGAAGACAUGGAGCAGAUGAUAUUAGUCACGUCGGUUGAGGAGACAGGUGAGAAGCAGGAGAGUGCUGAUGGGAUGAGGGGAGGAGGGGAGGAGCAGGGGAUGGAGGGUGGGGGAAGGGAGUUGUGUGUUGCAUUUUUCCGGGGUGAAGGUGAUGGAGGUACUGUCUAUGGGGUGGAGCAGUUUUUUGACGGUGGAGAAAAGAGCCUUUUGGUUGCUGGAGCCGGAGUUGAUGAGGUUGGAGUAAUAGGAUGAGCGGGCGGAUUUGAGGGCUGUUCUGUAUAGGUGGAGGUGGUCGGUGUAGGCUUGGAGAUGGACAGUGAGACCGGAUUUGCGAUAUAGACGUUCCAGUUGGCGUUUAUGGGAUUUCAUUUUGUGUAGUUCAGAAGUAUACCAGGGGGCAGAGUGUCUGAAUGAAACUGUUUUUGUUUUGAGAGGUGCGAGCUGGUCCAGGCAGGAGGAUAGAGUGUAGUUAUGUCUUUACAGAAAACACCUGAGGCUAGCUGUUGCCAUCCACAUUCUCUACACAUUUAGCCAUGUUAGCAUAUCUUGUGUAUAGAAACAUUAACUAUUAUGUUUCUUCCGCAUUGUGGUUUUUAUACCACAAAGGUAUGAACUGAAGCUCUUCAUCUAUUUGUGAUCACAAAUAGAUGAACAGCUCCAGGAUUCAGCUACAGCUGAGACUCAAAGCAGCUCAUAUUGGCCUGAUAAAUUUUCUUACUUUCAUUUUUUCGGGUACAGAAAUUAACCAUGGUUUAGAAGUAGUUUUUUAACACAGCAGAAUUUUACAUUUCUUUCAAGUUUAAAAAGUUUAGUUCAGAGCCUUGGAGCUACCUUUAGCAAGCCUCACUUUUCUGGGACUGACAUUGUGGAAAUGUCUUAAAACAUAUUUUAGCUGAAGAAUUCAACUUUUGAGUCGAUUUGAAGACGUAGAAAAAAGACGACGGGAAACUUCAUGAUGUUUAAAUUUUAAAUAAAGGCUGGAAAGCAGAGUUUUAAUGAAUCACCGCAGAGGAUCAGUGGGGUUUAAACAGUUACAGGAAAUCAAUAUCAGCAGUCAGGCCUGUGUGUCCUUAAGCAGACCAUUUCUUUGUAGAGUUCAGGUUAUUUUGAACUUUGCUGCAGCUCUCUUCAACUCUCUUCCGCUCUCUUUCUCCAUUGUUAAACAUCCACAUUUCCCUUCGCUGCUGACCUUCUCUGCACAGUUUCGUGCAUUUGCUUUGCCUUUGCUUUGAGGUAUGUCUCUCUGUCACACAUUCGGCAUGAAAAUGUGCUAAGAGUCAGAGCAUUUCCGCUUCUCACUUUUCCAGUGAAAGUUGCCACUAGCAGCAUCAGAUAAUGUCUGUCUAACGCCAAAUACUGCCCUCUUUAUGCAUUUCUUUUUUAACAGGAAGAUUUUCUACCUCUUCUACUAAGACAGCCAGCAGCAAAUUAUUGAAACUUGACUGAAAUGUGACCUGCCAGAAGUGCAAAAAGGAGGUUAAAUCCACCUCACUCACAUGUGUGUUUAAAUUUGCACAUGGUCCCUUUACAAAUAAGAAACAUCUCAAAUUAAAAACCUUCUGCUCAGUCUGGGUCUGGGACAGGGGAGGUGUCAAAGGACCCAGACGUCUUUAGCAGAAGUGUUCACUACAGCUUGGCCAAGUUGAACAAAAAAAGUGAACACGUUUUAAUGCCACCCAGUUCUGAGGUUUACCCUGUCACAGACAGUAUUUAAAGGAGAAUUCUGCAGAGAGUCUCCUCAUAUCUGGUUUAAGUAAAAACAAAGACAGGAGCAGACUCUGUUGUGUAAGUGAUCCAGACAGUUAGAAGUAUAAUCCCACGUUUGCAUGUGAAAAGAGAGACAGUUGCGCAGUUAACCUACUCUAAAGGUUAUAGGCCACCGAAGAGCAGCCGGCUGCCUGCUUAGACUGCCUUUACACGAAGCAGAUUCAGGUUUCAGAGUCCUGCUGCUAAAGAAGAUGAAUCACUGAUGUGCUAAAAGACUGUUUGUAAAUUGUUUACUAAAGCUGACCUUCAGAUGCUCCUUCUUCCUUUUUUUUAGCAGGUGGCUGCUACAUAUUACGCUUAUCUCCCUCUACAGCAGUAGUAACUAAUGUGGCUAAUUACUGACUCAUGAAACUACAUAGUUCUCAUAAUGUUGUGACUUUUUUCUUGUAUCAUAAUGAUUUUUUUUUUUCUUAUGGCGUAAUGACUUUUUUUCUUCUAACAAAAUGUCUCUUUUUAACAUGAUGACUUUUUUCUCUGAACAAAAUGAUUCUUUUCUGCUAACAUAAAGAUACCCUUUUUAACUAAAACAAUUUUUGUUUGUUUUUCUCUACAAACCUAAAGAUUUUUUUCUUGUAAAAUACCUUUGUAUUCUUCUGAAAUGUAAUGACUUAUUUUUCUGAAAGCAUAAGGACUUUUUUGGUUGGGAAACCAUUACUUUUUUUUUAUUACAUAAUCCCUUAUUUCCUUGAAAUCUAAUGGUCUUUUAUGUGAGGUGAUGACUUUUCUAACCAAAAAUAACCAUUUUCACAUGACUUUUUUCUGAUAAUGUAAUGACCUAUAUCUUGUAACAUAAGGACUUUUUGUAUUGAUUUUCUUCUUGUGAAAUAAUUACUGUAAAAGUGAUUGAUAUUGUAACACUUGGACUUCAUUAUCAAAAAUUUGUUUUUCUGUUAUGGUUCUUAUCUAAAAAAGCAAAAUGUCCAACAAACAAUUGAAACAUCAUAAAAAUAGAGACAGAUGUGGUGUUUGAAGUUUAACACGUCUCUAUUUUGGUCUUCUGUACAGCUCAGCACCAUCAGGACCUCUGUUGAAACCAUCAGUCGUCCUCAGCAGACAUUAAACUGAUGUACUGCUCUGAAGGAGACAGGCUGUUAGAUCCUCAGUCGUCCUGAAAAAUUUAUGGAGAAACCGCAAGAAGCUUUAAUGUGUGAAAACGUCCUUGACUUAUAAAUGUCAGGACUGCACACUUAAACAUGAACACCUGUAAGCUCUUCAACAACAGUCCUUCCAUUAUAUGACUGUUUCUUUUAAAACAGAGACAGGAGUUAGAUACAUUAGUAUUCUGUCACAAAAAAAUAGGAGAAGAGGAAAAAUCAUGCUGAUUCGGCUGGCAAUUAACUUGGGGCUGGCAAUGAACUUUGAGAAUUGGCGGCAGUUUUGCAUUAGUAAUGAUCCCAUCUCUAAUUGAAUGUUAAAAAUCCAGUAUUUUCCAUCAAAUGGUUUUAUGUCCACAUUUAAUGAAGUAGAGCUGUUCUUAUUAGGGUCUUGAUUUGGGAAUCAAAUGAAUGCGAUGAAUUAGAUUAACUAUUCAAAUAAAUGCUGCUCUUCAGCACCAAUGAGAUUUGAGAUAGCUACAGAGAGCUUUUCCUGUCCAAUACUGGGUUGGAUUUUACUUUUUUGCAUAAAUUCAUGUUAAAUGACCUUUUGGUGUCGGUAUGGUUUGCAGUUUUAUCAUAGACAAUGUGAAGCAGCUGACCAUAAAAGACGUCUCCAUCCUCUUCAUCACUUUGAAGCUGUUCUUAACCAUGGUAUAUGUGUAUUGUGCAGUAGACUCUCUUUCCAGUGAAAUGCUGCUGUGCUGUCACUGCCAAUCUACUGUGAAAAAAAAAUAGGGGAAUGAUCCUUUUUUUCAAGUCAAACAUUCUUUGUGUGGAUGCUUUGGCUGCAUUUAUAUUCUGGGUUUGGGGCUGGGGUCGAAAACGCCUCUGGACAGACAGUCAGUUUGCUGCUCUUUCAGAUGCCUCUUCAUCGGAUUUAUAAGGUUUAUCAUUGGUAUAGAGUGUCUGAUUAAAUUUGCUCUCCAUACUGCCUCCAAACUGGAAAAAUCAUAAAAGGAUGUUGUCUUGUUAACUAAAACAAAACCAGUAGUUUUUUUAAUAUCUGUGAUAUAUUUUAGCACGUCAUCAUCCCAUGUUUCUCAUGGAAAAGAAGGGUCAAUAAACAUUUCUAAGAGUGAUUUUUUUUUUACCACUACUAACUACAUCUGCACAGAAUCAGCAGCUACAAUUUAUCUCUUACUGAGGUCUGGAGUUUGGUUAUCGGUAAACCAUCUCCUUUUUUAAUACCACUUGCAAUAUGCCAAACUGGGCACAUCGCUUAGACACAUCUUCCUGAGACGUAAGACUGGCCUGCAGUCAGUUUUCUUCCAUUAAGCAAAGGCUGUAGUUAACUUCUCCUAGUCAGUUUUUUGUUUUCCACAGAUCUGUGGUGAUUCUCACUCACCUAAAUAUUAUAAUGAUAUAUUUUAAUUCCUCUUGACAUUGUCAGUCAUGUCCUGAGAAAGGGCUGAGUUUUGUUUGUUUUAGAGCUCUAGAGCUGAAGCAGAAAAUGUUUCCAUUGCGUCUUGAUACUCCAAGUUGCUUUAAUCCCUUGCUGAUCCCGCAGUUUACAUCCAGGCUUACAUGAUGAGAAGUGUUUAUGUCAUGCUGACCGCCCUGAGAAGAUCUCAACACAGCAGGAGCCAUGUUUGCUACAUGGGGGUCCAUGUCGACUCAGCUUUAGCCUGAGCGCAACAGAGGGCAAAUAAAGCUGAGUGUCCGCUAACUGUGCAGGCUGCAGGGCGAUUAACUGAGAGGCGACAGUGUGCAGGUCAUCAGGUCCUCUCCAGCUUUCACAGUGGAUUGUAAAUGCAUAAAAAAAAACAUUAUGUAACAUGUCUGAGGACUAUAGGAGCCAUACAGGGGGAUGUGCGGUUAUCUCAUAUAUGAUUAUUUCUCUCGCUCUCUCACAGGUUAUCUAACCGUCUCCAUUGACCCCCUCCCUCAUGUCGUUAUCGGAGACACAGUGACACUGAAGUGCAACUUCCAAACGGACGGAAACCUGCGAGAGAUUGUGUGGUUCCGGGUGAGCACGCAGGUGAACUUAAUGUGAAAACAGCUUCCUGUCAGCUUUCCUCUAUGUUGGCUCAAUAAAACUCCUCCCUCCGACCUAAAUUUGUCCAUGUUAAAAUAUUGUUUGGCAAAGAGUCCCUGUUUAGGAGGGAGUUUCAGUUUAAAGCCCACAAUUUUUAUUCUCAAAAGUACAGAAAAGUAAAUAUUAUCUAUUUUUUUAAUGGAGCAAUGCUUAGGUGCUACUUCAGGCAGGCAACUCAAGCUGCACUAAUUUCACACCUCAAGUGCAUCAUUUCCACUCCCACUUGAUUAACAGUUCUCCUGAAUUUGGUGAUCUAUCCCAGCCAUCAGAUUUCCAUCCUCUGCUCUGCUUAAUCUCCCUGCUGCUCUGCACUAGUACUUCACAGCAUCCACCUGCAGGCUCCGGUUAGGGGUCUAUGUGAUUGUGAGCAUGAUGCAUGUCAAGCGUUAAAUCAGUGCCUGAACUAGUUGCUGGAUUGGCUCCAUCCAACAGAAAAGUGUUCCUCCACCUGCAGAUCGUUUUGACCUCAUUAAUGGGGACUUUUAUUGGGGUACAUUUAACCCUUUACUGAACUGUACAGCAUUUUAUUUCUACUUAUAUUUUAACCCUUUGAAUUUGAUUUGAUGGAUAUAAUCACCGAUUAGAAAUUGAAAUUAAAACUAAAACAACCUUGAUGCUUGGAUUUAACUGUUGAUGCAAAAUGAAGCUAGAGAUAUCUACUCAGUUAUUGGUCAUGUGCAUGUCAGUGAGUUUGAAGCAGGGCUUUGUAUUUCCUCUGAUGAACUGUUCUGAAUAAAUGCAUGAGGUCUGAAACAGCUAAAGUCUGCAAAAUUUAACAACCACCAGUUCAAAAGUUUAAAAUAAUGAAUCAUAACUCUAUUUCCUUCUCUCCUCUCUUACUAAUCAUCUGGAAGCUCCUCAGAUGUGCCACGUUUUCAUUUCAGCAGAACAUUUAGAAGCUGAUGUUUUCAGUCUCAGUGAUAUUAAUCUGUUUUUUUUUUCUGUCUCAGGUGACUGAAGGAGGAACAGCAAAGCAGAAGAUUUUUACCUAUGAUGCCAUGUACAACACCAGCUACUCUCACCUGGAGGACAACAAGAAGCGGGAGGAUCUGGUUUACAGAUCCACUGUCAGGUAAAACGGGCUGACGCCUCUUCUUUUUUUUUUUUAUCACAGAAGGUAUGAAUGCUACAUGUGUGAAGGGUACCAAAAUAUGUCUGUUUUUCAAACAACAGUUGUGCUUUGGUUUGGCCUGGUGGUCACGUUGUGCGCCCUGUGCAUAGAAGCUCCAGUCUUAGCACAUUUCAUGUUAGAUUACUUGAUUUUUUUUGGCCAGAAUUAUUGGCAGAAUACUCGUAUACUAAAAUAACUGAUCACUGAAGCCAAACUUAAACCCUGUAGCAGAUGGUGAGGGUUCGAUUCUUCCUGCACCCUUCCCUGUAUCACUUCCUCCUUUCUGUCUGGCUUUUCUGCUCUACCUGCUUAUUUCCACAUUGUACUUCCUUCUCCUGAUAGUCUGUUACAAUAUUUAAACUGUCUUAUUUUGUCCAUGCGUGUAUCCACAGGCUUCCUGAGGUGCAGAUGGAGGAUGACGGCCUGUACGAGUGUCACGUGGGGAUCUAUGACAGGAGCUCCAGAGACAAAGUGAUCCUGGCCUCUGGCAGCAUCAUCCUCACUGUCAUAGGUGUGUUUUUAUACCUGAGGUCUCAUCAUGAAUAUUAAAAAGCAGAAUCCAGGAAAGUCAGUCCAUCACCAGACUCAUUAGGAUUCAUCCUGGAGGAAAUAUGCAGACAAAUUUCACACCAUUCGAAUGAAUUUAACGCUUAUCACACUACAACCACAGAUAUCAGCUUAAGUAUGACUCUUGCACGCAAACGUGAUAGAAAUCAAAAUAUUUGAUUGUGAAAAAUCGCAAAUCAGCAUAUUCAGAGGAAAACCUUUGAUGAAAAUGAAUCAUAACCAAUUUGACACGUUCACACAGUGAGGUGCUCUAGCUCAGUGUCACCACCUGCAAACUGACUUAUCACUCAACUUUGAUUUUUUUGUCAUAUUUUUCCACGGCGUAUAAAUUCACCAUCAAUGGAUCAAAGCCGCCUCCAUGUUUGAGUGACCUCUUUGCAUUUUCCUCGCAGUGCCUCCAAAGUCUAUCUCUGUGGUGGCAGCCAACAGCCCGGCUCCUUUCAGCCGCUACGAGGCCCAGAACUUCACUCUGGUCUGCAUUGUUACAGGAGCAAAGCCGGCCCCUGUGGUAAGAUUUAACCCUUUUUUCCUCUUUAUCUCUCUGCGAGGACUCCCUUGCUGUAAUCGAGUCUGUGUCAAUGCUUUGUGUGAGGCUGGACAGCUUUAUGUAGGAAAUGUUUCAGAAGUCCUGAUGAUGCUCGCCCUGCAGAAUAAAGUUGGAAGUGUCGCUGAAGUUCAGACAAAAAUAAAUGACCAAACAAUGGCUGCUGCAGCUCCAGCUCUGCUCUGCACCCUGUUUGACCUCUUUGGAGAAUGUUGAGCGUUGAUGUCAGGGGAUUAGAGCACGGCUGCAUAUGUGAUAAAUACACUUCACAGCAGAGCAGAGUCCCCCCCGACAUGUAAUCACAACACUGAUGAAACAAAGCUCUAUUCAAUUUUCUUUUUUCCAUUUCCUGUUUUUAUCUUCUUCACUGUAAACAGCUCCAUUUGUCCAGGCUGAGAUAACCUCCACACACAGCAGCAGGUUAUUGCGGCGCUGAUGGCAUCAUGGAUCUCAGGUCAUGUGACUGUGUGUUCGGAGCAAUAAACAGGACACACAGCAGCUUUUAGCUUUAAGCUGCCCGAUAACACACAAACACCACGUGCACAUGCACAUGCACACACACACUCAUCUAUAAAUUCUGCAGCGUGUGCAGAAAACAUUGAGCUUCAUUUUAAGGAGAGUCGUUUGAUGUUGGAGAUAAUGUCAGAGUUCAUGACCAAUGCUGCUCAGAGGACCACUCAUGCUUAUUUAGAGUCAGAUAACUGAAACUGAAACUGAAACUGGAGUGGGGCAUGAAUUUCAGUCGCUGUACUCAAUUUGUGCGAAAUCAAAUUUCAAUGUACAGCAUUAUAAACCUGGUGUCACUGGACCCUUCAGCUGGCUUCAAUUUAUUUUCAGAGGCAGGUGAGUCUAAAGCUGCUGUUUACAGUUUGAGGUUCAUGACAAAAAAGUGAGAGCAAAGACUGAUAUUCCUUUUUAAAUUAGUGUUUGUUAAAACAAGACUUAAGAUCCCAGGACUGUGUUUGUACAAUUAAAAAAAGGUGUAAAGUCUAGAGCUGUAAAGUCCUAGUCGAAUGGUCGACUUAUUGAUCGAUACAUGCUGAGUCGACCAAAUUCUGAUUGGUCAGUCAAAAUUUUUCUGCGUCAAUUUACAGUCUAUAUUUUUAUCAAGAGGAACGUAACAAAAGUUGAUGGGGGUGUUUUCAGAGCACCCCUCUUUCACAGGUAAUAGCCUGUCUCAGAACACCCCCCUUGUUUUUACCACUUUGGAUUUGCCCAACCCACUGCAGACCAGAUGAGGACAGUAAGAUAACAGAGCAUCCAAGUUGAUCAACGUUAGGUAGUGAUGGGCACAGCAGUUCUUUUAGAUGUACUGAAUCACUAGAAUCAGUUCACUAAAAAGAUUUGUUCAAAAGAUACGUUCACCGAAUCAUUUAGCACUUGGCGGGAAAAGCCUGUGACUCUGACCUCCUGAACUGAUACACGGCUGAACGUUUCAGGAUUCUGUUCAAUUCAUAGCUUCUGGGACCGGGAGUCGAGAGUGUUUGGCUGUGCUGCUUUGGAAAACAUAUAAGUAUAAGUUUAUAUAUAUAAGUACAUAUAAACUUAUAAGUAUAUUUUAAGUGUACUGUCCAAUGGUAUGCUAUUUAUCAGGUCUGCUCGGUAAAUUGGGCUCAGUGAGUGAUUUGUUCACUGAACGUUUAGAAGAAUUCAAACUGAACAUGCACCGUUCCCUCGCAAACCGCUGCAAUGAUUGGAUGCUGCGGGUUUUAUGCACUACUUGUUACAUGCUGUGUCCAAUUUUAUGCAAGUUGUUGUGGUGGCAAUUUAGCAGUGAAAAAAAAUCUAGUUUUGUCUGACAAAAAUGUUUCCAGCGAGUGUAGAUCAAUGUGUGAUUCAUUCACCAUGUGAUUCAGGCGACGGUGCAUGUGCUCCCUCGUUUGCCAGCUGCUGGCCUGGCAAUACUGUUUCUCACUUCAGCUCAACUGAAGGGAGAAACGAAUGAAUCACUUGAUGAAGCGAUUCAGUUCAGUACAUUCACUUAAAAGAUUCGGUUCUUUUGAACAGAUCGUUCGCGAAAGACACAACACUAAAGUCCGGUGGUUUGCUGAAUAUUUAUGUUAUUUAAGCGUUCCCUGCAUUUGUGUUUGAUUGCCUUCUUGUGCUGAUAUCAGUAUAUUUUCACCCCGCCGAGCCAUGCCGUGUCAUCCCCCGCCGCAGAAGAGUUUGCCAUCAGAGUCGGAAAUUUCAGGAUUUUGGUCGACCAAGAAUUUCUUUGGUUGAUUACAGCCCUAGUAAAGUCAGACAUAAAGAAACUGCCACAAAGGAAGAAAAGGAAAAGUCAUGACUUUGGUAUUCAUUAGGUUAGGAAACAGAGUUUUAAAAUGAUGUAAAUCUAUUUGUAAUAAAUAUCCUAAAUAAGAUUCAUUCUGUCUUAAGAGUUCAUUUAAGUGCUUCUAAUUUUACAGUUUUCUUAAAAAAUAAUCUUUUCUGUGGUCAUUCAUCUUUCUUGGUUGAAUCCAAAAGUCUGAGACCUGAUCAGCUUAAAAACAAUCAUCCACCAAAAUUAACAAUCACUGCAAGAGCAUCAUGUGAAUGAAGCACAAAUAGAUCAAUAGUAGUAUCAGUAAUGACACCACCAAAGUAAGAGCAGUCUCUCUCUUCAGAAACUCUGUGGGAGUUUGCUGCUUUAAUAUCCAAAGGGAGGGUGCCUCACAGUUUACAGCCAUAAAUAUAGACAGCUAUCUCCUCUGAUGUCUUGAGGGACAGUACAGGGACUUUUGAAAGGAAUCUAAAUCUACUGUAAGAGGAAAUAACGUCAGUGCAAACAAAGCUGGAGAGAGAGCUCACUGAUGGAUGAGAUCCACAAGGAGCUCCAGCUGGUAGGAGGAAGGAAUCAGAGUGAGUUACUGAGCCUUCACAUGAAAACAGCUCUGUGUUAUUGUACUGUGUUGCCAUGAGUGAUGGCAGGUCUUUCUUAUCACAAUAAACAUGGUCCUAUUUACGAACUGAAAUGAUGAUUAGGAGUUGUAGUCAUUCCUUCUGCUUGUAGUGGCUCUGAAAGAGAAGAGUCAUUUUAGGAUUUUCAAAGUAUGUGCUUAGAGUCCUCAUUGAUGUUUGAAAAGUAACCCGGCUUGGAUGUAAAAGCUAAGAAGUAAUUCAGCAGCUGUGUGAUAAGAAGUGACCAAAAAAGAGAAGGUUUUGAAGCUGUAAUUCAAUACCAGAACAUUUUCUUUUUGUAUCUUGUGUGUUUGAAGAUAAAUUGCUAAAUAAAAUUGACAAAAGUCGUUCAGAAGAAGCUCCUGGGACUUCAAGGUCCUGGUCUUUGUGGUAGAAACUUAGCCCGUGAUCUGAUCUCUUCACUUGGAAACUACACCACACAAAAAUAUGAAUAAGUAUUAUUUUAACUUUGUGUGUGCUGAUGGUUUGGGGUUAUGAAAUAAUGACAGUAUUUCUACCUCCUCUGACAUUUUUUGCAGAGGGGUGUUGGAGUUCUUUGAGGGAACAGCCACAAAGUGGGUUGCCUUCAGUUUGCUUUUGAUCACAUCAGUCUUGAACUUCUUAGCAUCUUCAUUAAUUCAGUAUAAUUUGGACAAAGUGCUUGGGUGUCAGUCCUUCUACUUGGUUCUUCAAAAGCUCACAAGAAAAGGCACCUUUCAUGAAAAGGGUCAGACUUUACAUUUGAAAGGUGUUCACUCUUCCUGUUCUGCUCACCUGUUUUUCUCUGAUUCUUCAGGUUUACUUCAAGAGAGAUGGAGAGCUCAUCGAUGUGGUGCCACCCACCCAGUCUUCCUCAUCUCCAGCUGGAGACCAACACAAGAAACCUGGAAAGAGCAGGGUACGGAGCCGGGCAGGGCUCCUUAGCUCACAGAUCCACAUCAGUCGAGAUCUGGACGACACUAAACUCCAGAAGUCCAUAUCCCCACCAGAAAAAGAGGGGGAACCAGCCCGGCUUGGACAAGAUGGACCCGAGCCAGGGCGGGGGAAUCAGGGGGCCGAGUCAGGCCCUGAGCCGACCACAGAGGUGAUCCCUGAGACGGUGGUGAGCCGAGAGUUUCCCCGCUGGGUGCAGAGCAGCGACCCUCUUUAUUACUUCCAGCACAAACAGCAGGCAGCAGGUGAUGGCACCAUGGAGGUGAGAGCCAUGCUCACCUGGAGCCUGAACCCCCAGCUGGAUAACGAGGCUCUGUUCAGCUGUGAAGUCAACCACCCAGCUCUGUCCAUGCCCAUGCAGGCCGAGGUCACACUGGGUGAGUCUACACAUUUCUUUGUUAUCCAUUGAAAGUUAUGAUUAUGAAAAAGAAGUUCAUGCCGUGCCUUUCUGGGCUGAAUCGAGUGAUGAUGAGCUGUCAGUCUGUGCAGAUGAAGGAUGUGAGCGCUCAGGUUUCAGGUUAGAUCUGUAUCUCUCUGAUGUACGGCUCCCAGAAGGUUAUCCAAGGUCGUCUUUGUUGUCAUGAUUGAAGCAGGGACAGACCGUGUUUGAGGUUUAGGUGACUCAGGUCCCCCUGGUUAAAAGAUGAUAAAUACUCGGAGUAUUCUGUCAAUACUGAAGUCAGACCCACUCUCAGGAAUACGAACGCAGAUGACGCGCAGUCUCUGAGGAGCUAAUGAGGUGAAUAUUGAGAGCUGUAGAAAUCUACACCUCAACAAAACCCUGAAUUUUGGAGGACAAAGUCAGGGUUAAGAUGAAUCAUUAAGAGCACGGGCGUAACAAAGGGUAGGGGCUGCAGGGAUGUGUCUUUGCUAACGUCCAUCUAGAGUUCUCAUCAAUAAUGAAAUGAAAUGUUUUCAACCACAUGUUUAACCUGCGGUGGACUCGUUUUACACGAUUUUCGCAGUUUGUUUCUGUCAGCAGGAUCAAGACUUCAUUAUUUAUGUAAGAUUCAGUGCUUUGAUUCAGUUUUAGCCUUGGACUACAGAAACAUCACACCAAAUUAGUUCCAAGGUUUUAAAUUUCACAGACAUAACUAAAAGAUAAAAAAACACAAGAUUGGAACUUGUUGCAAAUGUCAGUUACUCAGGUGGAGCGAGACAUAAAGUUUAGAGUUUAUAUAUAGAUACAAACAGAAUUAUCAAGCUCAUAUGAACAGCUUGUCACUAUUGGCUUGACAUUUAAGCUCAGUGGAUAUAUUUCGUUUGGAAGAUGAGAGUCACUUGUCAGGUAUUUCAAACAGACAGAAAUUGUUGAGGCACCUUUGAACUUUUUCAGCUUUGAAGGUAAAUCUUAACGGGCAUCACAAUAUUGAUUUUUAAAAACAAGAAAAACAAAGAAAAUCAUUGUUGAUGAAACAACAGUGUACGAGUUAAAGUUGCAGUGCCCUCUGCAAAGAAAAAAAAAAACCUCAUUAGAUCCUCAAAAAACAAACGUUGUAUAAUCCCGGUAGAAAAGGCCAGCUGGCUUAAUUGUUUCUCAGUUUUUGCACCAUGUGUGUUGUUAGGCGCAGUUCUUUUGAAUCAAACUCAAUACUCACGCUACUCUCAAAUCCCCCAAAUCUUUUCUCUCUCAUCAUGUGGGGGAGGAAAGACCAUAAAAAGGAUCCGGGGGGUUCAUCCCAAUUCCCUUAAAUUACAUUCAUGCCUAUCCCGCCUGUAUAUCUGCUGUGAAUCUUAUUCCUUCCCACCAGAGCUGCAUGGGGAGAUGAAAGAACGUGAAGAGGAGAGAUGGAAAAGAAACAUGUUUUAACAGAUAUGAGACAUAAUUUCUCUGUAGUAUCACGUGAAUCAAUGUCAGAGAUGAGAGAUAAUAGCAUGAUUUAAACCUCCUCCCCCUCACACACUCUCUUUUUUCUAGAAUAUGUGACUAACUGUGAUGUUAGUGAAUCAGACAAAAACAGGCACAAAACUCAUGACUGAUGGGGCACAAGCGCAGAUUAAAUCAUCUAAUCACUUAAUUCGCGCAAAACUAGAUGUGUGGAUGAACUGUGGCAUGUUCAUAGGGUACAGGAGUACAGGUUUAUUUAAGAACUGCAGUGGGGUAAAGGCAGAGGUCAACAGAAAUAUGUGUAACAACUCAAGUCAUGCUUUUAGAUGAUUUUCAUGUUCUUGUUUUUUUCUAUCAGCUGCUCCCAGAGGACCAAAGCUGACCAUGACCCCUGACAGGGCCAAAGUGGGAGACACAGUACGGAUCAUGGUCCAGGGCUUCCAGCUGGGCCCCUCAGCGGUGAGUUUCAGAUUCACUGUUGAGCUCUGUGGAGUGCAAACAGCAUCAUCAAUGGGUAGGAGGCAUUUUGAAAUAAAAAGGAACUCUUCCAACCACUUUUUAAAAAAGUGAAAUACAACUUUCUGGAUUGAGUUUCUCCCCUCCAGGCAGCGAUUGGUUUCACUUUCCAUCUGCCCACUUUGAAAAUCAUCAUGCAGAGACUCCAGUUACAGUCAGUCGUGUGUUGCAGUGAGGCUGUUUCAAACAGGGACACAGUUAAACCUCUUAAAACAGUGACUCUUCAAAAGAAGUGCUGAGAUACUGAGGUGAUACUUGGCAACGUCAUUAAGUGCAGAGGUAUUGAGAUUUUUCUAAUGAAGCAUAAGACAUUAAGUUGCUGGGAUUUUUUUCUUAUUUUAAAUCACAUUAAUAAAAAACAGGUUUCCAUGAAUUAGGACUCUCUAUUUAGUAAUAUCUAUCCUUUUUAAGCUGAGGUGAUGUGAUGUGACAGCUCCCUCAUUUUGCACCAAAUUCAAACAGAGGUGUUAUUUUUGCCCUGCGGUGCAGUCGCCCGCAGCAGAGCUCCUGGAGGAGGAAGAGGAAGAGGAGUAAGGGGAGGAGGAGAAAAGGAGGGCGGGAGGUUGCUUGAGGACACUUGAGAUGGAUAGAUGAGCUCUUAUGAUAAUUCUGCAGCACAUUUAGAUGCAAAUGAUUCCCCCCUCUGACAAAUAAAUCUUUUUUCUUUGUCCUGAUACAUUCCUGAAGUUCCACCCUCAAAGAUGAGAUGAUAAACUCUUUCUGACUUUAGAAUUUUACUAAAAAAUUCCCAUUUUUUAAAUAUCUGGCAGGUUUUGAUACCAUGUUACACUGUUUUCAAACUAUUUACAUUUUUUGGACAAAUUUAAAAAUGUUGUUGAGUCAGUUUUCACAUUAAAAAGACAAAUACAGCGACAAGUUUUGUAGAAACACCAGGAUGGAGGUGGCCAAUUUAUCCAUUGAAAGAUCCUCUGGCACAACAUUGCACAAGUUUUCAACUCUGAAUCUUGAUUUCUAAAAUGAGGUGUCCGCCUCACCGCCUCAGUGACAGUCGGGACCUUCAAUUCUGAAAUUUGUCAUGUGAAGGUCUCAUAUUACGGUAUUUUAACCAUUUACAACAAGUCCUAGGUGUCCUUUAAGAAAGCUUGUAAGAAAAACAUCACAAAUUCAGCCUCUGUGGAGGAUCUGCAGCCUCUCAGUUUCUAACCUCAUUAUCCACACCGUGAUCUGAGUGGGUGGAGAAGCUGCUUUAGUGAGGCACUGCAAUGAUUGGCUGAUCUGAGAGAAGAGAGUACAGAGAUGGGAUGCAGAGAUUGAAAAACACUCAAAACAAAUUUGGCGAGUGCUCCAGGAGAACACCUACCACUACACUAAACAUAUGAUUCAAAAUCUGACCCCUAACAGGAGAAGGCACGUGUUGCAGCCAUGAUAACAAAUCGUUUCUCAGUGAAGUUUUAAAAAUGUUGAGAGCCUUUUUUCUCAUCCUGCAUUAAAAAAUUAUCACCAACUGUACUUCAGGUGGAUUUUUCACAGUUCCACCAUCAAAUCUUCAAAGCGAAACUGUGAUUCAUGUCUGUACACAACAGCAACCAAUCAGCUGCAAAAAAGUUCAACAUGUUUCCAGCAGCGUAACUCAAAUAUAGUGAGUUAAGAGGUUCACUGCUUAAUCAAAAACAAAUAUGUUAUAUCCAGGGCAUAUUUUCAUCAAGAGAAUAAUUAAGCUCCCCCUAGAAAAGAUACUGAAAAUGUAAAAGAAAGAUAAGCAGCCACUGUUUUCAUUGGUCCUCCUGCAUGAAGAUGUUUGUGGUAGUCUCCUGACCAACACCAGAGCAGAAAGCUUGUCCAGCUCUAACCUUUGACCUCUUAACUCUGCAGCACUGAAGUAAAAUCACAGUCAUGUAGGAGGAAGUGGAAUUGCUGGGUGGGAGUGGGAGUUGUUUUGCGAGCAUCAUUGUACAAAUCGAUUCUGUCAAUACAUCCCCGCAAGAACCAUCGGCACCGUUGGAUGAAUGUCGGAUGUACUUUUUUAACCCAUAACAUUUUCUGAGUCCCGACUUUUUCAAAACCACGAUGACAUCCUGACACCCUUCAUCUUUAUAACUGGAGUUUGUCAGUCUCUUGACAAAAAUUUUAUCAAAUACACAGCAGAAAUAAGUCCCUGCAUAACUCCAGAUCAUCUCCCGUUAUACAAUUCAGUAACUCUCCUUAUUGUCAGAGUAUUGUAGAUAAUUGUUGUAUGCUUACUCUCUUACAGGAACAUUUAGCAGCCAAUGCAACGAGCUGGUGGUGCAGAUUAACACCGAAUUUAAAGAAAUAAGUGACAGAAAUACAUGCAGAUAGUAUGAAGUUUGAAGUUCACUCCGUCGUGUGAUUAACCAGUUAUACUUUUGAAAAAUAUGAGCAGCAUUAGCCGGCUGUGCAGGAUGAAAAGCCUGACUGAUGUUGGUGAGUGUCGUUCUCCCUCAUGACCCGAUAGCGACAGCUGAGGCUUUGAAAACUGAACUUCUUUUGACAGAACAGAGCUGGAGUCAGGGACUUUUAAAAGUCUCUGCAUCAAGAAGUGAAGAAGUUAAUGUGUGAAAUGUUUUGAUGUAGCUCCUACUGCAGAAGUCUCAAAAUAUGUGUUUGCAGAGAUGUCUUACAACAUUCAUAAAUAAGUAAUGAAGUAAACAGUCGAUUUAUGUGAUUAAAGAGGACAAUAAAAGUGCAAACUACACAAUAAAGAUGCACAAAUAUGUCAAACGCAGAACUGGACAAUUUAACGUAAAUUUUCUUUGGAAAUCUGGAUUUUCAGGAGAGCUGCACUGAUGAAUAAAUGUUUAAAUUCUUUGAAACAAAAAGUUUAACAUGGUAAAUCAAAUGAAAGGCUGUUUUACUGCUCUGUUUAUUAUCUUAGAAAGCUUUUAGGAACUGAAGGACUCUGUAGAAUUAAAAUUCUGGGUAACCCACAAACCUCAAAUAUCAGACAAAAUGCAUUAUCAGUAAUUUCUCAAACUAAGGGAUUCAUUUUGUGUCAAUGUUUGCAGAGAAAAAUCUGCAAUGUACGGUAUUUGAUCAUUUUAAGCCACUAGAAGGGACCCUGAGAGACCAUUUUAUUAUUUUCAAUUCUUUUAUCAUGGGCCUUCAUGGAGGCUGUUUAAGGUAGUUUGUUCCAAACAUGGAUACACAAGGGAUGGUGAUUCUACCCCAGCUACCAUUUUGGGCCGCUGGAUUAUGGCAAAAAUCAUAAUCAGGAAUAUUCAGAUUGAUAUUGACAUUGCAAUUAUCUCUUUAAAAUCUCUUUAAAAUUAGACAUGAUAAGGGAUUAAAAAACAAAAACAAAAAAAGAACUAUCUUGGCUCUCUGUCUGUCUAACUGGAUGAUGUAAGGGUUUGAAACUGACAGGCACUAAGCAUCAAUUCUUCUCUUCACUUUAAGAGCUGAGCCUUUAUUUUGGUUAUAAUACUCACAAAAGUAGACACCAGAUUUCACUUGUAGUUAAGUAUUUUUCACUGUCAAAAAGCCCUGAGCUCUUUUACCGCUCAGAUCACAGACUAUAGAUCAAAGAUGAAGAUACAGCAGGUCACAAUAAAUCUUCGUGCUAGCGGCAACUUCCUUCUGCUCCCAAACUUUGUUUUCACAUUGACCUGAGCUUCUGUUGCUGAGGUAAAAGUAAAAGCUGUUUGAGGGCAGGGGUCGCACCUACACUCCGCUGUUAAGGGAGAGAAGGGUGGUGCAUAUCAUUCAAUAUAUAAGGUAAUAGUUGCAACACAGCAGGCGGCACAUUAACUGUCUAGUCUAAUAUCAUCACGCUUUUAUGAUUGUAGGGGGCCCAAAUCAUAAUUGAAAUUGAAAUCUGAUAUAUUGUAUAUCGCCCACCAUAUCGUACACCAUUGCUCUGCAACUGUACUGCUGUUUUUGCAUGAAUGCAGUAAAUGUAACUUUAUUGACAUUUGUUCAAGUACACUGGAGUCAGUUUUAUGAGUGGAAAUAAUCAAAAGAGAGUAAUAAAAAAUAAACUAGCCGUAUAAAAUAAUACGCAAAAGCUGCACUGUAAAGCAGUUAGAUAUGUUUAAAGUCCUGCUUACUGUGAUGAAGAUGAAUCACAUUUAUUACAUUUUUAUCCACUUAGGUUGAUAUUCAUUGAGGGUUUGAAGGCGGCAGCUCUGUCCUCUAGUUUAAGUUUAGAGUUUACACUCAGUUCAGAGCUCUAAAGCUGUGAGAGCCAGAGAUGUGUCAAUCACAUCGAGGAUGAAGUCAAUGCAAACUUGAUCUUCCACACCCCACAGUCCUGGUAAAUGGUCUCAGCUGCAAAAUAAGCCUUUUUAAUGAGGUUCAGAUGACUUAAUGAAAAUCUAUUUCAGUCAGAUUUUUAUCGAUCUAUAAUGAGAUUCCCUAACUCUGAUAUCAAAUGUGCACUUUUAUUAUUGAAGCCAAAUUUACAGAGGCUUUAUGGAGGCGAGCCUGGCACAGACAGCAGAUUUAGCAUAUUUGACCUGAGGGGGCCUGGUGAUGAGUGGGGGGUGAAUUAGUUCAGCCACAUGUGCUGGAGCCGCACUGAGCAGAGCAGAGGAGUCAAAAUGAGAAUUUAAACUGGAUGUAUUAGGGGAGGCAAGGGGGGAGAUUACAGGAGGAACGUGACACUGGGGGGGGGGGGGACUCACAGAGGUAUUUAGACUGACUUCAGAUAGUAAAGAAUUCUCUGUUUAAAAGAGAGGAACAUCACGACACUCAUGCUAUAGGUGAGCUAAAAGGAUGUAAAUAACCAAGUUGAGUCUACAAAGAUCAACUUUCAUGUUACUGCUGGGACAGGUGUAAGAUGAACCAGUUUGAUGUUUAUGACCUCAUUAUUUUAGCAGGUCUUGAGGUUUUUAGAAGAAAUUAGUUGGAGCACAAGAUGAGAGGAGAGAGAAAACAUGACCAGAGUCUUUCAGACUAAUAUCUUACAAGGCUGAGAGAGCGCUCAGAUCUCUGUCACUGCUGUCCUCUUUUUAAAAAGAGACAUUUCAAGCCAGCCAAACUUUCAUCUGGGUCAUAAAACCUGUAAGUUUAUGAGAAAUCCUGUAAACCCCUCCUCUCAGCGUCUCUGACCUGUCUCCUCCAUGUACCAUAAGGUUACAGAAGAAGUCUUUAAACUUUUAAUAGAUUACAUUUUCCUUAAAGUUAGACUCCUGCAACAAGGUAUUACCCACAUUUCUGAUUCUUUACAGCACUCUCCAGAGCCCCUCAGGCCGACGAGAGCUUCAGACAGUGAGCGAUGACUGAAUGUGUGCUGUCAGAGCCCGGGGCUCUGAAACAAGCUGCCUGAUUUCGUCAGGAAGGUUGUUUCAGUGUCAUCUUUGAUAAAACUUUACAGAAAGACUAUUUUCAGGGGAGAGUUGAUCUUUGAGUGAAGACUGUCAUCAGUUCUCUCAUUUUAUAACUGUUAAAUGUGACACGCAGGGUAAAAGCUCUGGUUUUUGUGUGCAUCUACAGAGCGAGGUGUUCCCUGAGCCCAUGUUCACCUGGACCAGGGUUGGAGGUCGUCUGCUGGAUGGCAGAGAGACUCAUGAGGGGCGGGAGCUGGUCCUGGACCGAGUUCCUGCUGAGCUUAAUGGCUCCAUGUUUCGAUGCACGGCCCAGAAUCCCUUGGGUUCAACAGACACACACACCCGCCUCAUCGUGUUUGGUGAGUCUCUUUGAAGGAGGAUCUGUUCAAAUCACUUCCUCCAUGUUCAGUGUGCUCAUCGUAAAAGUUUUAUGUUUACCGUUUUUACAGAAAAUCCCAGACUGAAGAAAGAAAAAGGACAUUUUAUUGGUAAGUAGACUAUUUUUAGUCUCUGCUACAACUACAAUGACUGACAAGCUCAGGUAUUAUAAUGUGUUAGGCUUAUUGUUAUAAAGCCCUAUGAUAAUUAAUGAGUGUUUAUAAUGAUAGUUAUACAAGUUUAUAAGCAAAUUAUAACACACCAUAAACAUAUGUAUCAUGCAUUAUCUAUGUGGGCAUUGUCAGUGAGAUGUUAACAUUUGUAACACAUUAUAAUACCUGAUCUUGUAAGUCAUGAUAAAAUUCUCUAUAAUAUGUUGUGAUUAUUGCCAAAAAGCAUUAUGAUCAUUUAUGAGUGUUUUUGACUAUACAGUUAUACAGUGCUAUAACAUGAUUAUAAUGCAAUAUAAAUAAAUUUAUCAUGUGUUACAGAGAUAGGCAUCAAGUAAAGUGUUACCAUAACUUCCAUUGCUGUAUAAAUGCAGUAUUUUUGAGGGGGGACUCACGCAGAGAAGAAGACCUUAAAGCUCCUGUGAGAAACUUUCAGUUUGUAUGAUUUUUGGCUCCCCCCUGUGGACAAAGAAGUCUUUGCUUAUCUGGUCAUUUACAUGCUGGACAAAAAACUCAUCCUGCUGACUUUUCACAGUCAAAUAGGUCAUUUGUUGUCAAUAUCUUAUAUGGAAGCUGCUUGGCUGACCCCUCCUCUGCAUUUACAGUCUUUAGCCCGAUGCUAUAAACUCUCUGUCAUCUCUCUGCAGACAUGGAUGGACAUAGAUCUGUUGAAUUAUCAGUGUGAACAAUAACACACUGAGCCAGAGAGAGGAAAAGCUUCACUCAUCAAUAAUUCACUCAUAAAUAAUAAAUAACUCUGAGGCCUGCAGUAGGAAACAGCCAAUCAGAGGCCUUCAUACUGUUUUGCCAUGCAGCUCAUGAUGGAGUGAGGACGGAGUUUUGACUGAGUCCAGCAGCUGGUGUGCAGAUUUCUGUCCAACUGCAGUAUCCGUCCACAAUAGGAGUUUACUCUCAUGUUGAGAGAUGUGGUGAGGCUGUUUCACUAUGAAAGAAAUCAACAAGUACAAAAACCAGCGGCUGUACAGUUAUUAAUUUGAUGUUUGCUGGAUUCAUCAAGUAAGUUUGUUAAAACAGCAGCUUAAUCAAAGUGUAGAUUUUCCCAUCCUCACUAAGGAUGCAGCAGCAGAUCACAGAGUUGAAGACUUGCAGAAAUCAUUUUUGCAUGGAAUAAAUUCAAGUUUGCAGAACAAAGCCACUGGAGACAGGAGACAGCCCCCCUCCUGAGGCUUUCUAGUUACACAGUUUGCAACAACAUCCGCUGAGAGACUUAGAAAAACUUCCCGAGGUUUGGAAAACAUCUCACAGUCAGACUUUUUAGUAAAGUCUUUAGCAGGGUCGCUCCAUACUUUUGUUGAGAUUAUUUCCAGCAUACGAAGCUUUUAUUACGUGUGCAGUACUUUGCAUUAUCUGUGCUGAUCAAGGCCUUUAAUUAACACCUGAGAUUGCUAUAUGAGAUGACAGGCUGCUGGGCUGUCAGCGUUUUCUCCAACUCUGAUAUCUCAUUUAGUUAAAAAAAAAAGAAAAAAAGAAACGAGGUUUAACGGAUGUUCAGUGGAGUCAGCAUUGCCAAUAUGGUGGUGGUCUUCUUUGAGCUUCAGCUCUUUAGAGACCAGGCUGAGAGGCUGUUUGGGUUUUUGCUUCAGGAUAAAGCACACCUCUUAGUUUUACCAUAUUUAAGGGCUAAGAAUUAAAUCCAUGUCGUCUUGUUUCUUCCAGCCAUUGACACAGCUGCUGCUCAGGGCUCCCUCACAUUAACCUCCAUGUUGCUGCUGCUGAGCUUCACCUUCGAGCUGACGUGACCCGUGGCCCCGCUGCUCCUCCACACCUCCACCUGCUUCUACCUGAGGAACCUGCUCUUCAACGACCCCCUGACUGUAGCUUAACCUCCACCAGGCUGGCAGCAGAGAGACUCAGAGCUUCUGAUAAAUGCAGCAGGAUCCACGAUCUGGAGAGAAGACAGACACUAAAACAGCAUCUGAGUCAGAACUGCAGGUCCAGAUGCUUCACACCAUGCCGUCACACUGUGAGACUUCACUGAUGGGUUACUUUCACUAAUUAUGAGGAUGUGAGGAGCUCUAACUGCAGCACACUGAGGAAAAUCUUUGAUGUGUGUGAUUUUACCUCUGCAAAGUCUGCGAGGUUCACACCAGAUCCCGGGGAAUAAUGGAGUCCUCAUUAAGACCAAUUAACUUUCCCUCCUGCUGACAUGAAAUAAAACUGCCAGUGAUGUUACAAAAAAAGGUAUUUCUUCUAAAUACAGGUGCAUCUUAAAAACAUAGAAUAUUGAGAGUCCUUUUUUACUGAUGAAAGUCACUCUCAUUUAGAAAACAAGGUCCACAAGUCUGGAAAUAGACUAAAGAGGUCCAAGAGGUCAUUUAAGUCCAGCAUAAAGUUCCCACAGUCUGUGAUCAUUUGGGCUGUCAUGUCAUGAUCUGUUGGUCUACUGUGUUUUAUCAAGUCUAGAGUGAUCUACCAGGAGAUUUCAGAGCACUUCAUGCUUCUAUCUGCUGAUGAGCUUUCCAGCAGGACUUCCACCACCAAGUAAAAGAGUAAAAAAUCAACAAACUUUCCAUUUUGACAUUUUUGUAUUUGAAAUAUUUUUAUUUUCAUUUCAUGUAAUAAAUAGUCUCACAGAUUUCUGAAUUUCAUUGACCAAUAUCACCAAAAUUAAAACAAAAAUGUUUUAUUGAUAUGUCUGUAAUGUAAUAGUUUGUGAAAGUUUACCUUUUUGAAUAAAAAGUUUUUGAGAUGCACCUGUACCUGUUUAAAGGGGAGACAGAGCCAUGAGAAAUGGACUGAAGGGGACUGAGAUAACAGAAAUCUUUCUGUCUGGUCUUCUGAAAGUUUUGUGUCUAUUGUUUACCUUGUAUUUGACAUAUUUGGGUCUUUAAAUGACUAAGGAGUACAGAGAGUUGGGGAAAUGUUUGCGCAGCCUGAUCGUUCAAGCAGCAGAAUCUGAUUUUAAUCAAAAUUUUCGACCACAUUUCAAGCAAAGUGUUCUCGUUGAGUAGACCUGAAACAUGUGUGUCACUUUUCUUUAACCUACCAGGCUUUUUAAUUUUCAGGAAACAGCGGUAGCUGGUUUGAUUUGGCGGAAUGAACAGGUGGUUAUGCAAAUUGGCAUUCUGACAGAGUGAAUUAUUUUUUCAUCUUAUUUUACCUUGCCUCCAAUAAGUCAUAAAGAAGUUGGCACAUAAUACUGAUUUGCAAUUGUUUCAUUUAUACGGCUACAAAUAGUUCCUCAGAUUCGUAGGAAGGUAACACUUCCAUGGCACAAGACUCUUGUGUUUGCAGGUGAUUCAACAUUAGACUGAGUAUUUUAACUCAGAGUCAAGUUCAAACAUUUACCUGUGUAUUUGUUCUAACUCAAAUUAUACUGAAAAUUUCUGUCUAAGGUGACGUCACACAAGGUGAGCAUGAUGUCUCUUUUUUCAAAGCUUUGCAGUUAACAAAUCUUUUUAACACGACACAGGCAAAUGUCACAACUUUUAAGUUGCUCCUCUUUCUCUGUCAGAGAUGUUUGGGGUCCAGUAGCUCCUCAGGCUGCUCUCACAUCAAUACCACUGAGUAAACAGGCUGAGAGGGCUGGACUCCUUUCUGUGGAUUUAUUCUGGAUGAAACAAAGAUGGAGCAUUUCUCCUGUGACUCUCAAGCUUAGUACACUAAAAAAAAUGUGUUUUUGUUGGUGGAGUCUGGUGGCUUGAGUAGAACCAUCUCACAGCUCGUCUGGUAAAAAAAAAAAAUCAGCAGAUCUCCUAUUUCAUAACAAGAUCAGCUUCUUUAAAAAAUCUUUCCUGUUACAGAUAAUCAGACACUUAGAUGACCUAUCUGAGCUCAUCUGAGCAACAAAAGCAACAUUUAGGGGACAGAUUUUAAUUUUGUUGCAGCCGUUACUGCUUUGACUGAACCAAUCAGCUGCAGCUAGUUUCAAUAUUUACUACCUUUUUUAUCAUUUAGACCCCACAUUUAAAAAAGGGCCCCGUUAGUGUAAUACUAAGAUGAUCAGACAGAACAUUCAGAGCUCAAUGUUCAGCAUUUUUUUGAGAUGGACAGAUAGAGACUUUAUUGAUCAUGAAGGAUGUUUCACCCGUGGCUUCAGAGUGACUGACUCGUUACUCCUCUUUAUGAGUCCCCUGAGACUCUGAGCUUUCUUUCUUUCUUUCUUUUUUAAACUUCCUUUCCUUCUUGGGUGUUACCUUUUAUGUUACUGCUGGACUGCAGGAGCUUUGUGCUUUUUACAUGUUUUCUUUUGCCUGUGUUUGUAAAGCACUACAGUGGGCUCAUUUUGUUUUAAAGUGCUUAAACAAUAAAGUGGACCCAGUCUAACUUUA